AUGGAAACUCAAUUAGAAACCGAGAUGAGCCAAGAUUUCCUCACGCAUCUGAAACUCAGCAGUGAUGAAAAAGGCGAAGUUGAUGUGAAAUUUGAAGAAAAUCAAGCUGAUGUCGAAGAGGAUGAGGAGGAGGAAGAGGAAUUUUCGUUUAUGUGUGGAGGAGCGAACACGUCGCCUAUAGCGGCGGAGGACGCGUUCAUCAAUGGUCAGAUCAAGCCGAUUUUCCCCUUGUUCAGCCGCGAUCUGCUAUUUUACGGCGAAGAUCCCGCCGCCUUGCACGAUAAUUUGCCGAUGAGGCCUCCGGUGAAGGUGUUCGUGGAAACGGCUGGAGCUGCCACGUCAUCGGAAGCGGAGAACGAGCGAGCCGCCGGUCCGAGCUGCGACUGGUCGGACCGGAAGGCGGUCGAGGCUUCCCCCGAGGUCUGCAAAAAGAGCAACUCGACCGGGUUUUCCAAAAUUUGGCGGUUCAAGGAUUUGCUCGGUAGGAGCAACAGUGACGGCAGGGACGCUUUCGUAUUCCUUAACAACAACAACGCUCCGUCUCCGGCCGCGAAGGGAGAGGAGAAGUGCGAGAAAAAGGAGGCGGCGGCGGUGAAAGUGAGUGGAAAAGCGAAGAAGGGCGGGAAGGUGAAAACGGCGCCGUUGUCGGCUCAUGAAGUGUAUUUGAAGAGUAAGGCGAAAGGGGAGGAGCGGCGGCGGUCGUAUUUGCCUUACCGGCCGGAGUUGAUGGGGUUUUUCACUAAUGUUAAUGGCGGAUUAAGUAAAAAUGUACAUCCCUUUUAA